UUCGGUCCUCGUCCUCGUCCUCCUGUGUGCAUUCCUGCUUUUCUGGCGCUCCAUAGACGAAUCGGUCAUGAAGUGGUUUUUGUUGUUCGUGGUGGCCCUUGGCCUGGGAUUAGCCACGGCCGAGUCCGAAACCAGCUAUAACUACUAUCGCUUGCCGACUUCGUUGCGCCCCCAAAAGUACCACCUACGCAUCCUGACACUGCUGGAAAAUCCGGAGGACCUCCGCUUUAUCGGUUCUGUUAAGAUCCUGAUUGAGGCCCUGGAAAACACGAGGAACAUAACGCUGCACUCGAAGAAUCUGACCAUCGAUGAGUCGCAGAUCACUCUUCGCCAAGUCAGCGGCGAGGGGAAGAAGGAUAACUGCGUGUCCUCGACGCUGGUUAAUCCCACCCACGACUUCUACAUCCUUAAUACCUGUCAGGAGCUGGUGGCCGGCAAUGUCUACGAGCUGUCUAUGCCCUUUACCGCCGAUUUGAACCGACAGCUGGAGGGUUAUUACCGCAGCUCCUACAAGGAUCCAGUGGCCAAUGCUACAAAAUGGAUGUCUGUUACCCAGUUCGAACCGGCUUCGGCUCGAUUGGCCUUCCCCUGCUUUGAUGAGCCAGACUUUAAGGCACCAUUCGUGGUUACCUUGGGCUAUCACAAGAAGUACACGGGUCUUAGCAACAUGCCCGUGAAGGAAACCAUGCCACAUGAGACCCUGGCCGACUACAUAUGGUGCGAGUUCCAGGAGUCGGUGCCGAUGUCCACCUACCUGAUUGCCUAUUCCGUGAAUGAUUUCUCACACAAGCCCUCGACUCUGCCAAACAGCGCUCUUUUCCGUACUUGGGCCAGGCCCAAUGCCAUCGAUCAGUGUGACUAUGCCGCGGAGUUUGGACCCAAAGUGUUGCAAUACUACGAGCAGUUCUUUGGCAUCAAGUUCCCACUGCCGAAGAUCGACCAGAUCGCUGUGCCCGAUUUCAGUGCCGGUGCCAUGGAGAACUGGGGUCUGGUGACCUACAGGGAGAUCGCUCUUCUCUACUCGGCGGCGCAUUCCUCGUUGGCGGAUAAGCAACGGGUGGCCAGUGUGGUGGCGCAUGAGUUGGCCCACCAAUGGUUCGGCAAUCUGGUGACCAUGAAGUGGUGGACUGACCUGUGGCUCAACGAGGGAUUCGCCACGUACGUGGCCAGUUUGGGGGUGGAGAACAUCAAUCCGGAGUGGCGUUCGAUGGAACAGGAGUCGCUGUCCAAUCUGCUGACCAUUUUCCGUCGGGACGCUUUGGAGAGCAGUCAUCCCAUCUCGAGACCCAUUCAAAUGGUGUCGGAGAUUUCGGAGAGUUUCGAUCAGAUCUCCUACCAGAAGGGCUCAACAGUGCUGCGCAUGAUGCACCUGUUCCUGGGCGAAGAGUCCUUCCGGUCUGGACUGCAGUCGUAUUUGCAGCAGUACUCCUACAAGAAUGCCGAACAGGAUAAUCUUUGGGAGUCGCUUACCCAGGCAGCACACAAAUAUCGCGCUCUGCCCAAGAGCUAUGACAUUAAGAGCAUCAUGGACUCGUGGACACUGCAGACUGGCUACCCCGUGAUCAAUGUUACGCGAGAUUAUGCCGCCAGGACUGCGAAACUCACCCAGGAGCGCUACCUCCUGAAUACCCAGAUAUCCAGGGCUCAUCGUGGUGGCUGCUGGUGGGUUCCGCUCAGUUACACCACUCAGGCGGUCCAAGACUUCAAUAAUACCACCCCCAAGGCCUGGAUGGAGUGCGGCAAGAAUGGCGAGAGUCUGCCCAAGAGCGUUCAGGACCUACCAGGACCCGAUCAGUGGGUGAUCUUCAACACCCAACUGUCGACGCUCUACAAGGUUAACUAUGAUGCCCAGAACUGGAAGCUGCUGAUCGAGACUCUGACCAAUGGCGAUUUCGAACGCAUCCACGUGAUCAACAGGGCGCAGCUGAUCGAUGAUGCCUUGUAUUUGGCCUGGACCGGGGAACAGGACUACGAGAUUGCCAUGAGGUUGAUUGAGUAUCUGCAGCGGGAGCGGGAGUAUCUGCCCUGGAAGUCGGCCUUCGAGAAUCUGAAGCGAGUGGGACGCAUUGUCCGUCAGACGCCCGAUUUUGAGUUCUUCAAGCGCUACAUGAAGAAGCUGAUUUUCCCGAUCUACGAGCACCUGAACGGCAUCAACGACACAUUUAGCUCGAUCCAGCAGCAGGAUCAAGUCCUUUUGAAGACAAUGGUGGUCAAUUGGGCCUGCCAAUACCAGGUGGCGGAUUGUGUGCCACAGGCUUUGGCUUACUACCGCAACUGGAGAUCGGAGCCAAAUCCCGACGAGAAGAACCCGGUGCCCAUCAAUGUGCGCAGCACUGUCUACUGCACCUCGAUAAAACAUGGAUCCGAUGCCGAUUGGGAGUUCCUGUGGACGCGGUACAAGAAGUCGAAUGUGGCGGCCGAAAAGCGUACCAUUUUGACGGCACUGGGUUGCUCGAGGGAGGUGUGGCUGUUGCAGCGUUAUCUGGAGCUGACCUUUGACCCCAAGGAGGCCAUUCGCAAGCAGGACUCGAUGUGGGCCUUCCAGGCGGUGGCCUUCAACGAGGUGGGCUUCCUGCUGGCCAAGAAGUACUUUAUGGACAACGUUGACUUCAUCUACAAGUUCUACCAUCCCCUCACCAAGGACAUGUCGCGGCUACUGUCACCACUUUCCGAACAGGUCAUCACACUGAGCGACUUCAAUGAGUUCAAGGACUUCGUCAACAACUCCAGGCAGUCGCUCAAGGGUCUGGAGCAGGCCAUCCAACAGACCCUGGAGAUCAUGCUCACCAAUGUGCAGUGGAAGGAGCGAAACUAUCACCAGAUGUCCCGCUCCAUACAGCAGCUUCUCUAGAUUACCCAGUCCAGUCUCUCAUCAGCCCAUUAAGAAAUGAAUCUCUUGAUUUCAGCAGGAAUAUUAUGAAUGUUUAAAGUCCCUCAAAUAAACUAUUUAAUGCUCUAGUAUUAUUCGUGUCUCUCAA